AGAAUGUCUCCCAUCUUUGCUUUGUUGUUUACGGUCAUGAUAACUUUGGCUCCAGCACACAUUUUUUUCGAAGGUGCGUUAACGUUUUGCAAGUUGUAAGUAAUAAUUUAAAAGUAGAUGUAUUUAAGUCUUACUAAAACACACCCCUCCCCCUUCAUAUAUUUUCGUUUUGUCAAUUUUGAAAUGAGUUUCUUGAUAAAAGAUAAAAUCUGAAAUAAAUAGACAAGGUAAAAUUUGCCGUUUUGCUUUCGACACGAAAAACAAAUAUAUUUUUUUCUCUAAAAGUUACUUAUGUCCUUCAAUAGCAGCGGAACUAGUUUACUAUAUUAAAAGUAUAAAUGUGGAGUUGUGGUAGCCCCCGCAAAAUAAAGCCUGUAAGGAGAGUGUUUACAUUAUAAGCGAAAUACAAGGAAAUAUACAGAAUAUAAAGGGCAUAUAAUGUACUUGUUGAAUACAAUGUUGUCUUUACUGGGCUACUUGUCUGUGUUCAACUAUACCGAGACAAAUGUCGUACUCCGUUACUUUCAUUAAAAAAGUUAUUUUAUAUUUCAAUGUAUAACCAUGUCUGGUUCUUUUUUUAGUGAAGUUAUCGAGGUUUAUAAUCUUAAGUCCUUGCUGGUAACAAUAGAAAAAGGAUAAAAUAAGGCAAGGACAGUGUGACGGCUAAGUACAAAACCCCCUUAUUUUCGAUCAAGUACAGUAGUUCUAUAAGCCAAAUGGGAGUCAUGUGAAAGUUCAUCAGCGAGUAGAGGGUAAACUGCAGGUGGGUGGGUGGGGGACGGGGGGGUACUUAACAAAGUUUUGUACGGGGAGGCUCCACCUGAGGUUCAACCCCUUACCCUUUUGUAUAUCAUUUUUGACAGAAAAGGUCCCCCUCUCCUAUAACUUCUAUAGAUCGUUUUUACUGUCACGCAACAAAAAAUUAAAUUGGAAACCGUCCGAGCAGGGUUUGGAACGUUCCUUACAAUCCCAGGCCCCCCAUUACAGGCCCCGUACAAUAUCAGGCCCCCAUAUCAGGCCCCCAUUCCAAGCCCUCCCAUAUCAAACCCCCAUUUCAGGCCCCUUACCAUAUCGGGCCCCCCACAUCAGGCCCCCAUUCCCAUAUCAACCCCCCCUCCUAGGCGGGGUCCUAGGCCCACCAUUCUAAGCCCCGACGAUCAAUACGAGGCCCCAUGUUAAUAAUUAUAACAAGACUAAUAAUGAAAAUACUAAUGAUAACGAUAAUAUUAAUAACAAUAAUCAAUAAUAAUGUUAAUACUAAAACUCUUAAUGGCAAAGCGAGUGAGAGUGCCGGAAGCCAGAAGUUUAUUUAUUAAGUAAUGGUCCGUGUAAGAGGUAGGCAGGCGAACGGCAAAAGUGAUUAAAAGGUGCUAACUUUUAAUCAUUAAUUUCAAUUAAAUCAAGCGUUCUGAUUGGCCGAAAUCCAAAAAUCGCCAAAAAAACAGUCAGAAACGUGACAAAAACAACUUUUUUUAGCUUUAUUUUCCCCAUUCCCCUGUCUUAUACCUCACGGCCAAGUUUCAGCAUUGUUCUAUGCGCCAAUCAAAAGUUAGAGCGGAAAACGUGCAACACACGCGCGACCCUGUUGUGACCCCAUCUUAGUGUGACACUUGAGAUGUUAGGAAAUUUGUCUUUUACCCGAAGAAAUCUCGUCAAUUUCUUCGUGAAAAAUCUGCAUUUUUUCUUUAUUGAAUAUUUAUCUCAAAUUUACUGUAUUUUAUCAUCGGAGUGAUCGUCAAAAUGCUCUUAAACAUGGUUUGCUGCCGUCCUCGACAUGCCGAGUCGCCAUGUGGAAAUUUGGGCCCGGCGUAGUUGUUUUCGUUGUCAGGCCGGAUCAGGAGGAGAUCGGAAUGAUUGUGGCAUUAGAAAUUGGAGUACAGCUGGGCAUAAAAGGAGAAAGCGGAAGAUUUGCUGUUUUUAUAAGGAUGAAUUUAUUUCUCGAAGAGAUGUAGAACACUUGAGCUUGAGGUAAGCUGAAUUCAAUAGAUUUUCGCACCUCCGCGCGCAUUAUGUGUUAUUCAUGUGUUUGCCCUUUUCGAAACUUCCAUAUUCCGUGUAGCUUUACCCAUCUCUCAUUCGAUUUUUUUUCUCUCUAGACUGCUUCAUCAAGCGAAAUGGAAGUUCGCCGUGGAGCUUAAGUUAAAAUGAGCGAAUUUAAAUUUGUGACACGUUUGCAUUUUGUACCUUUGAGUUCUGAGACGGAGAAUACCUAGACGGAAGCCGCUUAGGUAUCAUAAAUAGCUGUCACUGUCGUUUGAGUUUCUUUUGGUACGGAAGAUCUUGCGAGCAUGACUGUAGCUUGCCUUUAUUUUUUCCAAGGACGAAAGAGAUUGUAAGAAGGAUUUUUAUAGAGUAAUAUCAUAACCUUGCAAACAGAUAAACUGUAGGAGAGCUUUUUCUGAAACCCAAUUAUCCGAACAUGCAGGAAUUUUUUCUAUCUGGGCAACAUCAUCUUUUUUUCCAAAAGCAGAACAUUUAGAUAACAUUUAGAUUUGAUUUUGUGUACGUGUUGUUGUUCUGUAUGGUGGCCAAAUAUGAACGCGGGACAUUGGCGCGUUCGCCAGAUUCGCCACGUGAGAGUGAAUUGCUGCUGUUUACGAUCAUGGUUUUGACAUUUCUUUUGUGAGAGCCGACGUAAAUGUUGUUCCCAACGUCGCUGAUUGAUGUAACACUGUGCUCAUCUUCGUGUAAUUUCAUAUCAGUUUAACUUCCUCGGGUUUGGCGCAUAGAAAUCUUUUAAAUUUUAGAUAUGUUAUAUUUUUCAACAUAACAAAGCAAUAGACGAAAUAAAAAGUUGUUCGAAUGAGUCUUAAGCUAUCUUAAUUCAACUUUAAAAUUCAAAUUUCGCGCUUUUCGCUGUAUUGACCAAUCAGAGCAUUCAGAUUUAAUUUGAUUAGAGAAAUUAGCGCCUGAAAAAUAACUGACGCUAUUGCCGCGGGCUAUUGUUUUUCUGCCUGCUUCUUAGCUGGACCAUUACUUAAAAAUGUUAUGCUUGCGCCAUGCGUAACGCCGAGUAUUUAUUGUUCUGUUCUCUCUUUUUUUAUUUUGAUUGUUGUUGUUGCUUUUAGUAGUUGCCUUGUGAUUGCUUUGCAAAAAGGCAUGAAAGUGCUACCCUAUUUGUAUUCUGUUCUAGGUAAAUCAAUCUUUUGUAGAUGAGGACGUCACUCUGAUACCCUGUUAACAGGAUUAUAAUCGUUUUUUUACCUGCACCAGAAUUGAAAGACUAGAGAGGCCCUAAUUAUUUUCGACUUAACAAUUUUGUAGAAAAAGGUGCAUCGGUUCAGUUCGUUUGAACCUUGUGACCUAAGAAAAAAUUACUUUAUUUUUGUGACAAGCUAUUACGGUCAGUGGGGAACGUGUGGUGGAAACCUUUUGGUUGGGUUUAAAACGUGCUUUUUGCAUGAUAAAUUACACUCGCUGUACACUGAUAACCCGAUAACCGAUGAGAGAAAGAUUAAUUGCAACGGAAUUGCAAUGACGUCAGAAGCAAAUAAAAUUGAUUUGAUAACGUUGGUCCUAUGUCGGUCCCGUAGCCGGUUCGGCCGUGUUAUGGGCUCGAAAAUCCCUCAAUAAGAAUGAGCGAGACCAGGUUUUUUUUUUUUAGCAUGCAAGACUAAGCCCCCAGCCAAAUCCUUGUCUUCACUAAAACGGCUGGACGCACGACCUGGUUGAGGUCAUUGUUAUCUAAGGUCUUCCUAAGUGCUCCUGAAUACGUACAAUAUUCUUUCAACAAGCCUACGCCCUACCCUUGCCCGGCCCCCGCUUUCGCACGAAAGGAGAUCGAGAAAAAUUGACCCUCGAAACCACACUAGAUAUCAGACGUUUCUUUUCUUUUCUGUUAUUUUCUGUCAGUGUUCUGUCAUUUUUUUCCUUGCGGUAAACAUUGCCUGAAAAGCCUACCCUUUAAUAUAUUUCAACUAGUGAAACCCAUAUCCUUUCAUAUACCUGAAGACUUAAAAACGAACUCCUUUGGGUUCGGUUAAGGCCUCCCCAUAAAGGCUGUCACCGGGAGCUUCCCCGGAUUUCCCUGAUGCCCGAUGUUAAUUAAGUACGUUGUGUACGUACAAUGUCAAACCCCACGCUUAGAGAGAGAUAAAACACAAAUUGUGUGGCCUUAAAUAAAAGAACAGGCCUCAUCCUUCAACUGAAGGAGGAGUAAGCUAAUGCAGAUAUGGCAAAAACAAGACCUUUUAGAACAGAAGCUCCUUUAACAAGAAAAUCGCAACAAAGACCUUCGCAUAAAACACAACCUAACUAGGAUCAAGCAUACAACUACCCCAUUGGUCAAAUCAUAUUGACCAACAGAAAACCUCUAUUUUCGAUCCUACCUACGAGCACAAAUUGAGCAACGAACACCAUCACAUUGCCAUUUCUACAUAACCUAACAUAGUAGCAACUGAUGAGGUCCACUGAAAGGACCGAAACUCGAGUCUUGCUUGAGAAUUUACUCUCGAAAUCAUCAUAGCAGAAAACACACUAGUAAACGAAGAACGACUUCUUACAACAAGCCCUUCAAUACUCGCUGAUAUAGCCAACGAUCCUGCAGAAGAUAGCCUAUUAGCUUCGGAUGACGAAGACAUACCGUGUGGACAAAUGUCAACAGGAAAGGCGCAAAAACACAAACCUUAAAGAAAAUGGGGAUCAGCCAUUGAAAAGAAACAGAAAGACUAACAAUACUGUGAGAAGAAACGGCGACCCCACAGAGGCCAAAAGACUAAACGUGAAAAAACCAAACACCAACGAUCAGAGAAAAUGGCGCCAAGUCCAAAUACCACGCAAAACGGGUCCACAGAAACGUCAUCAUGAUGACUCUCGUGAACAGAAAGAACACAUACCUUUUAAAAAACAGCGCCUUACUACAGAAGAGCUUGAAAACACCAUUAAGGACAAGAUACAAAAGUCCAAAGAAUCCAUCGCCAAACUGAAGAAACAUAUUGAGAAUAAUACAUGUCCAAAAACUUUGCGUUAUAACGCAAGGGCAAACAUUGCCCCGGACGAAGAAUUCAAACGAGACAUAAGCUGGAUUAGAAAAGACGCAGAACGAAAAGUUUUAGGCGCACUCGUUAAGUUUCACGACCGUAGAGUCGAAAGAAGCAAAUCUAAACUUGUAAAACUAGAGCAGGAAUCACGCAAAGAAAAGAGGAAAGACAUGUCAGAUAAGGUACCAUCUAAUACUCUAGAAUGCAGUCACGAACAGAAACUAGAGAAUAUCCAGACGAAAAUAGACGAACUCAACAAAAUGAAGUAUGUCUUACAAAAUGCUAAAGAGAAUAAACAAAGUGAAUCUUAUCCCAGAGUGUUUUCUGAGAAUAAAGAUUAUCUAAAAAGGGAAAGAGGAAAGAAAAAGCGGUCAUUGUCAACCAAAAAACGCAAUGAACGGAGGAAAAAAAAAUAGCGCGUGAUAAGAACAUAGCAGAAGCAAGAAAGAAACAUAUCAAAAACCUCUCAGAUUACAAAAUGACACGCGAUCAGAUAAAUGUUCUGUCAAGGGGUCUUAAAUUCAUCCCCACACCAGUGACAAACACAGGUCACGUUAGAGCAGAACUAUUAAAAGAUUUCAGCGCUUUCGCUAGACGAAUGCGUCUACUAUAUAUCUUUCAUGGAAAAGAUAAAGAGCAACACCCCUUUCAUGUAAAGUCAGACUGGGAGCCACCAGUUCAGCCAUCAGUCGCACUAGAAACAUACCUAGAAGAGGUUAAAUUAGAACUUGCUAAUAUAAAUACAAUCACGCCUAGAAACAAUCUACCCAAGAGGGAACAACUUGCCAUUAAACAACUGAAACAAAACUCGGACAUCAACAUUAAACGAGCAGAUCAUAAAGGCUCUUCUAUUGUUGUUCUCAGCAAAGAAGACAAAAUAAAGAAGGUCAAAUACAAUUAGAUGGCAGAGAAAACUACAAACCCUUACAAACACCAAUGGUAGUAGAAACCUCUAAAAGGGUCAAGAAAUUGAUAGAUAAGCUUUACAAAGAGAAACAUAUAGGCGAGAUGAGAAGACGAUGGCUAUCCCUGACGCCAAAUCCACCGCGAAUACCACAAUUCUACACUCUCACAAAGAUUCACAAACCAACACCAGUUGGAAGACCGAUCAUAUCAGGCUGCGAAGGCCCGACGGAAAGCAUCUCAUCAUUUGUUGAUAGUCUCCUCCAACCAAUUGCUAAAUCACAAAAAUCGUAUCUUAAAGAUACGACAGACUUUAUCAACUUGAUAGAGAAAACCAGGGUCGUAGAAAAUGCUAUUUUAGUCUCUAUGGAUGUAACUAGCCUAUACACAAACAUCCCUCAGGAGGAAGGAAUUACCAUUAUAUGCAAAGCAUACGAAACAUUCUAUCAAAACAAAUUUUCCAAUACCCAGCCAAUACCUCGCACAUAUUCACAGACUAAUCCUAAGGGAGAAUUCUUUCCAAUUUGUUAGAAAAAACUACCUCCAAGUACAAGGUACAGCUAUGGGAACAAAAAUGGCAGUUGUAUUUGCUAACAUUUUUAUGUCUGCAAUAGAGACAGAAAUUAUUAACAAAAGUCCGCACAAACCACAAGUGUGGAAAACAUUUAUCGAUGACAUAUUCUCAUUGUGGAAUGUAGACAACGAAGAAAUAUACUCAUUCAUCGAACAAGCAAAUAACCAUCACCCGACCGUAAAAUUUACUGCUGAAGUUUCAGAAACAGAAACCGCCUUUCUGGAUACAUGUAUUUACAAAGGAGAAAGAUUUAAGAAGGAAUCAAUCCUAGAUGUGCGUACACACUUCAAACCGACAGAAACUUUCCAAUCAAUACACUUACUUCUCUUCAUGUCACCUCCCAGGGGUAAAGAAAGGAUUCAUAAAAGGCGAGGCCUUAAGAUUACUCAGAACAAACUCUUCUGAGAAAAUGUUCGAAGAGAACAUAACUAAUUUCAAGGGAAGACUCCUUAUGAGGGGUUAUAGAGAUAAAGUGAUAGAUAAACAACUAUCAGAAGUCAAGCAUCACGAAAGAAUGUCGGCUUUGCAAAACAAAACAAAAACGCACAAGAAAAUACUAUACCAUUCGUGACAGAAUAUCGCCCCUCAGUACCGAAUCGAAAAAAAAUCAUCAUGCACGAAUGGUAUCUUAUAGAAAACCAACCGUUGCUUAGAGAAAUCUUUAAAGACCCUCCCAUAAUAUCUUACAAAAGAGGAAAGUCACUACAAGAUAUACUCGUAAGAGCUAAACUAUGAAGGUAAGGUCAAAGCAACAGCAACUGAGCCAAAGAUAGACGUGAAAAGCCUGUCAACAUUAUGAACAACUCAAACUAUGAAGCUUAAAGGUCAAAGAUAUACAACAAGUUGGCCAAAGGGAGUCGUGUAUGGCCUGUCAACAUUAUGAGUCAUGUAUCACGCUUCUUUGUACGUGCAUUUUUUGCCGCUACUGCACGACUAUGACGUGCGCUAGGAAGCGCCUACUUUCAUUCAAAGCUUAAAGAAAGUAUGCUAACAUUUCACUAAUUGAACGGGGGAAAGUCGAAAAAGCGAGAAAAAAAUUUUGUAAAAGCCGCGACUUCACUUUUUUGAGUGACGAUUUUGUAGCAGCCGCUGCCUCCGUGUAUUGUUGGUUAAGAUUCCUAGGAGUACUCUACAUACAGUCCUUAUAUUUUCAGUCAAUUUCAAGAAAUGUUAAUAAAGGGUUAACGUCGUCCGUUUCAUGUUAGGUCCAUGGAACUGACAGUUGAUGAUCAAUAAAAGUAUGCAAAGAUGGGGCGGAAUGCAAGUAUCAUACACACUUCACGUAAAGGGAAGCAAGAUAUUACAGAUCAAUAUUUAUUUAAGAAAAAAUUACAAAAAAGAACUUUAUCAAUAUACAGGGAUGAAAACUGAGUUUGAUAGGGAAGGAAACAAAUUAUGCAUUAUGCGUUAGAAAGUUAGAAUUACAUUUUCCGUUGAAAGAUUAUUACAUUUUGCGUUAAAAAUGUUAUUACAUUUUGGGGCGAUUCUUAGUGCAUCUUGCGUUAGUAAUGCAAUUCUAUCACAUGACCAGAAGGCAGAGAUCCCAUGAGAUAGCACAGCGCUUGCGCAAGUCAUUGCACGAUUUGCGUUUAACGCGUUAAGUCACGAAUUUUUAAGCUCCAGUUUUUCAGCUUAAAAUCUUCGAAACACGAUCUGCUGGAGAGGCCAACGUAGUUGCCUCAAUUGUUUGUCCAGCUUAGGCCCUAACGUAGUUGGGUGCCGAUAUUGGAAUCAUGUCCGAAAACAGCACAGAGAGCGCGGACACUGGAACGUCAAUGGCCGCUCAAGAUACCAGCCAAAAUAUGCCCUCAGCUAACACUUUCGCGGAUAUUUUUAAGACUGCAUUGGCUCCAGUUCUAAGCCAGCUAAGCAGCCUAAACAACAACGUCACCACCGUGCUCCAGAGCGGGCACGAAGAAUCAGAUGAGGACGGUGAAACCGCCUCUGUUGACGAGCCCGCCAAUUCUGGGGACAUGGAUGCAGAUGUCUCUGCGCUCCUCGCGGCUGCGGGAACAGAUCAAAACAACGAGGCUAUGCCGGGUGACGAACUUCUAAAAGAACUCGCACAGGACCUGACAGUCAGCGAGAAGACCUCCCCACCCCUUCGCGAAGGGCUGGCGGCCGUCUUCAACAAUCUCUUAUCAGAAAAGAUGGGGGAGGAGAAACUAAAGGCAAAGCUAGACAAAUACCCCCGUCCAGAGAACGUACAGGGUUUGCGCACACCCAAAGUAAACCCUUCGAUUUGGAGCCAGCUCUCCACUGCCCUGAAAGCACAGGAUGUCCGAUCGCAGAAAGGACAAAGCACCCUUAUCGGCGCAAUAACAGCCAUGACAAAGGCCGCCGAUUUGGCUCUGGGAAAAUACAGCCAAGAUAAGGAGCUGAUCACCUUGUUGACUGAUUCCGUUGCAAUGGCACUUCAGUACAACCAUGAGGUUAAUCACUCCCGACGCCUGGCCAUGAAAAAAGAGAUGCAUAAAGACUAUGCAGCCCUUUGUAAUGUGUCCACUGUGGAUGGCUCAUCAGAGUUCCUUUUUGGCGACCUGACAAAGCUAGCAAAAGACAUCACCGAGGCCAACAAGUUGACCAAAAAGGUGCGCCCACAACAUUCCGGGAAUUCCCGUGGCCAUGACAAGUACGGUGGGCGCCCAGCGUAUGGCUCGCAGAGAAGAUUUCAGCCUUACCCUAGAGGGAAAACCUCGGAUUUUUUAGGGAAAAGCCGUUUCUCAAAGCCGCCAAGAAAGAAAAAGGACGGCGAAACGAGCCAGCGCCCGUAAAGGUGCCUGAGGUAUGUAACGCAGAUGCGACAUCUUUGUCUAUUGACAUUGUAAAUAGUUUGGUAAAUUCACAACCAAGUUUCCAAGCCGGGAAACUUAAACACUUUUUGCCGCAGUGGCAAACUAUUACAACACACGCAACAUUAUGGUAGACCUAGUGUCUUCAACGCUUAUCAGCAUUCAAUUGUCACAGAGGAAAUUGAUACACUGCUCGAAAAAAGGGUCAUUAUCCCCGCGGCACAGGAAACAGGAGAAUUUGUAUCCACAAUAUUCUUGCGGCCGAAAAAAGAUGGCACGCACCGCACCAUUUUAAACCUCAAAGCCCUUAACGAAUAUAUAGCCUACCAUCAUUUUAAAAUGGAUACACUAGAGGCUGCCGUAAACAUGAUGAGACCAGGUUGUUUUAUGGCUUCGGUAGACUUAAAGGACGCUUAUUAUACCGUCCCUAUCCAUCCAUCUCACCAGAAAUACUUAAAGUUCUAUUUUGAUGGUGUUUUCUACACAUAUACCUGUUUGCCGAAUGGCCUAGCUAGUGCCCCGCGCCUAUUUACAAAAUUAUUGAAGCCCGUGUAUUCCACACUUCGGAGUAUGGGACAUCUCAAUUCAGGGUACAUUGAUGAUUCUUAUCUACAAGGAGACACCUCCAAGGAAUGUUAUAAAAAUGUCGUUGACACCGUCACGCUUUUUACUCAAUUAGGUUUUCAUGUCCAUCCUGAGAAAUCAGUUUUCAUCCCUUCCCAGAAACUGACCUUCUUAGGUUUUGUAUUGGAUUCUAUUGCCAUGACAGUUACGCCCACGGAGGAUAAAGCGCAACGGAUUCGGUCUGUCUGUGCUACGCUUUUACAAACACAAAUGCCCACAAUCAGACAGGUCGCAGAGGUCAUUGGCAUUCUGGUGUCCAAUUUUCCCGGGGCUCAGUACGGACCCCUACACUACCGCCACCUUGAACGGGAUAAAUAUCUCGCGCUCAUAGCUAACAAGGGUGAUUUCGCGGGCAAAAUGCAAAUCUCCCUCCCGCGCUAGCAGAGAUUCAGUGGUGGCACAAUAAUGCUGACACUCUUAAACGAGAUAUUCACCAAGAUCAUCCAAGCGUUUCAAUUCAAUCAGACGCGUCAACACUGGGGUGGGGAGCUGUUUAUGGCACGCAGAAAACGGGGGGAGAUGGACCCCUUUGGAACAGGAAUUUCAUAUAAACAUAUUGGAAUUACUCGCAGCAUUUUUGCGUUAAAGUGUUUUUGCACCCAUAUGGGCAACUGCCACAUCCAAAUUCAAAUCGACAAUACGACAGCAUUGGCUUACAUAAACAACAUGGGGGGUUCAAAAUCACAACAACUUAAUGAACUAGCUGUUGAAAUUUGGGAAUGGUGUACUGCACGCAACAUUUGGCUCUCGGCUGUGCACAUAGCUGGUCGGCUGAACACUGGCGCUGAUGAACAAUCACGCGUGUUCUCAGAUAAUCACGAGUGGAUGUUAGACAAACACUCGUUUGACAAGAUCAUGUUGCGCCACCCCGGACUCGAUUUCGAUUUGUUUGCAAGCCGUCUAAACAAUCAGAUAAAUAGUUACUGCUCGUGGCAUGCAGACCCUAGUAGUUCACAUAUAGAUGCGUUCACUAUGAAUUGGAAAGGGCAUCAAUUUUAUGCUUUUCCACCUUUUAGCCUUCUUCCAAGAUGCCUUCAGAAGAUCAGUCACGACCGAGCACAGGGAGUUCUGAUUGCCCUCUCUGGCCAACCCAAACGUGGUUCCCAGUCCUCCUACAGCACCUAUGCGAUCAGCCCUGGAUUCUGCUCUCACGCCCAGACCUUCUACAACACCCGUCACGCAGCGGCCCACAUCCUCUACACAAAAAUCUUCAUCUGAUGGUCUGUCCUGUGUCAGGGGAUCCUUCAGCCGUUACCACCUUCCAGAGGAGGUUACCGACAUUCUCAUGGCAUCUUGGAGAAAAGGCACUCAAAAACAGUAUGCCACAUACAUUAAAAAUGGAUGGCAUUUUGUCGUGAAAGGAAAAUUGAUUGUUAUGCACCACCACUGAGCGACACCCUCAAUUUCUCACUGACCUAUUUAAUCAAGGACUUAGCUACUCCACUAUUAAUACAGCUCGCUCUGCCUUAUCUACCAUUGUCAUGAUAGACGGGGAGAAAAGUUUUGGCAGCAAUCAUGUUGUUACACGUUUUAUGAAAGGGGUAUUUGAAACCCGCAAACCUAAACCUAAAUACGACAAAAUUUGGGAUGUUUCGGUGGUUCUGAAACAUUUAUCUUCCCUAUACCCCAAUGAAACAUUGCCUUUAAAGGAUUUGACAUACAAGGCCCUUAUGCUUAUUCUAUUAGUUUCCAGUCAACGGGGACAAUCGAUACACUUGCUAGAUCUUCAGCAUGUUACCAUGGAAGAAGAUAAUUAUUCCUUUGACCUCGCUGAGCAUAUCAAGACUAGUACUCCCAGGAGCCCACACACGAAGAUUGACAUUUCCGUUUAUGAGCCAGACAGUACAAUUUGCCCUUUGGCCUGUCUGAAAGCAUAUAUUAACAAGACAAAGAACUUGCGUAAUAGCGAAACUCAAUUGUUUAUUAGUUAUGUAAGGCCCCACAAACCUGUCUCUCGGGACACGGUUUCAAGGUGGACUAAAGAAACUCUUAGAAUUUGUGGGAUUGAUACCAAUGUGUUCACUGCACAUAGCACAAGGUCAGCAUCUGUUUCCAAAGCAAAUGAAAAGGACGUCCCUAUCCACGAGAUCAUGGCUAACGCGGGCUGGAAGUCCGCAGAGACCUUUCGUAAAUAUUACAACAAACCUGUUGUUCAAGGAAACAGACUAACUGCCGCUAUUCUUGGCCAGUGAAAUAUUUUGUUUUUCCAUGUGUGCUUUAUUGCAUAAUUUGUUACUGUUAGACCAUUUUAAUAUAACAUGUUUAUCAUUGCUUAUGUUUGGUCUAUUGUUUGUUGGAUUUCAUGCCUCUUGUUUGAGCGCAUGUCGUACGGGUGCAUCCACGCUUUGAAGUCUCAUGGGAUCUCUGCCUUCUGGUCAUGUGAUAGAAUUGGAAAAUUAAACGAGACUUACCUGUAAGUUGAAGUUUGAUUGAGAUUCUAUCACAUGACAUCAGAAGGCAAGAGAUCACAUGCCCUCCACAUAACACCCACCCGUUUUUAGGCAACUUGGUUGCUUUUGGGUUUUCUGUUUGGUGUCUUUAGCCUACAUGUUAUGUUGUUUUUGAUGCACCCAGUACGUGGCUUUUAAUUAUGACUUGCGCAAGCGCUGUGCUAUCUCAUGUGAUCUCUUGCCUUCUGAUGUCAUGUGAUAGAAUCUCAAUCAAACUUCAACUUACAGGUAAGUCUCGUUUAAUUUUCCAAUUUUCGGCGAUUAUUACAUUUCGCGGCGUAGUAGUGGUGUCAUGUAACAAAGUCGUAGUAGUAACAAACCAUGGUGUUACAGCUUCUGGGGGCGUGACCAGAACUGAUUUGACCUUUGCUCCAAGCAGGAAAAUAAAAAGCUAAAAUCGAUACACAAUGAACAGUUUGAAAAGGACACAAAAGAGUUGUAAUGUUAUGUGGUGAUUAAAAGUGGAAUAAACAACGCACGUUUAAAUUUGCUUGGGCCCUUUUAUUCCAAACUAUCAAUAUUCCUGUCUUCAUUUACAAAGUCUUUGAGCUAAAUUACACCGGAUCUUGUGCGCAAGGAAAAUAUAAUUUUGAACAUGCCAAUAAGAGAUUUUCUCGACUUGUAGAAAAUUCCCUGACCUUGAUUUUUUUUUUUUGCUUUACCUUGACACGUCCUUACCCGACACUCUGUAUAUGUUGCUACAAGCAAUGAAAGUUAGAUUGUUAAUAUUAAACAUUUUGGUACAUAUUUCCCCAAUUAUUAACAAAAUAAUAACACGUUUUAAAAUUUCCCUGUUAUUCUCGACAUUAUUAUUAUUGGCCGCUCACACGGCAGACGAGCGGAUGAUUCGGAUAAAUGGCGUCAGACAAAUAAUUUGUCUUGAUGUGAAAACGGAACGGUUACUUAAAUUAAAUUUGGGACUAAUAAUCUGUCUGACCUUAACUGUCUGCCGUUAUCCGUCAAGAAGGAUAGUUAACCCGCCUCUUUUGUGAAACAAAAUCGAAAUAUAAGUGAAUUACCGGAAACCUAGCUUAAUAUACAUGGGGCCUGAUAUGGUAGUUCGGGGCCUGAUAUGGUAGGUCGGGGCCUGCCUGGGGCCUGAUAUGGGGGGUGUAAUAUGGUAUGGAACGUUCCAACCUUAGUAGAACCGUCCAGUGGAAGAAGUUAAGAAAAUGAAAUGUUGUAAAAGACUAACAUAUAAACAAUUUGUCCAAGUCUCAGGUCUUUGUGGCCCAUAGUUUCUGAGUUAUUUGCCGAAAUGUUUCACGCACCUUUGUAGAGCUUUGUAUGGGGACGCCAUAUUGGUGCACCGUUUUGGUGCACCAAUAUGGCCGCCAGAAAUCAACAAAAACAUCUGGAGUUCACUUUUUCUAUAAAAGCUAUUUCUUUUCACUCGAGAACUAGCACACGUACACAUAAACAUAUCUUCUAAUACUUGAAGUGAUUAUACUGUUGAAAAUCAAGAGGAGAGACUUUUUUUCAACGAGACAGCAUUCCUAUUCUGGUGUCACGCACUGUGAAAACUCGGAAGUUCAAAUUUCUGUAUUUGCGAAACGAAACAUGCUAAGGAAACGGAAACUUGUGCAAAAAUUUACUUUUUGUUUAUCUUCAACCUAGUGUAAAUAAGAAUUCGUAAAACCUCGCUAUUUGGACUUUACAAUUUGAUGACGUCACGGUGAAAACCAUCUAUUGACAAAUGAUACCCCUUUAGAUGUACUGUCUUUAAAAUAUGAAUAAAUCACAAAACCUUAACGUUUUCUCGACUUUUCACUGCCAUAAAUUGCAUCUGAUAGCCCUUUUGGACCUUUUUACCGACCCAAAUGACAGAUUUCCCUAUUCUUCAGGUAAUAUAUCAAACAUGAGAUGCAGUGUUUCAUCACCAGAUGAAACACCAAGAAGAGAGUUGAAAAUACGACGCGCAGCGGAGUAUUUUUGACGAACUUCGAGGUGUUUCAUCUGGUGAUGAAACACUGUGUCGAAUGUUUGAUAUUUCUUCUCAAACAAAAUCAUUUUUGAAGGAGAAAUUAAGGAUGCAAAAAUGAGCAGUUUUUCAUCUGAUAUCCAAACACUCAUUAAACAUUAAUUUCCUUUGAAUUUUCUUUAUGAAUUAUUAAUGAGUUUGAGAAUUAUAUUUCAGCAGCCGUUUAUAGUAUCGUCAUACAACGCCCCUUGCGUGAAGACACUAAAAACGGCUGUGCAGCAGACUAAGGAAAUCAAAGAUGAACCAGGAAUAACACUGAAUCAAUAAUAACAUAGGUUAACUGACACAGCCGGCUUGAAAAAUCCAUAUCUUUACAGAUAGUCAGUGUGAACAGCUCGGUUUUAAGUGCGUACCACUUGGAUGCAACUGUUCAGGCUUAGAACUGCUAUGCCCCAGGUACAAACCCAAGUGCUGCGACCCAAUGUGAGUAAUUAUCCGCCAGUGGACCUGUCUUUACACUAUACUUAUUAAUUUUCAGAUCAGUUUUUUGACUGGCUUAAGCCCGGGGGUGCUUCUGGGAAUUCUUGGUGGAGCUGUACCGCCCGGUUCUCCAAAUCAUGACCCUAUUUCAGACCAAAAAAUGUCAUUUUUCAUACUCGUUUUCAGACCUCUAAAAACCAUUUUAGACCUGGCAUUAGGCAGAAAUUAUGUCAUUAUUACUUAGAUUAGAGCGCAAAUAAAAAAAUUCUUCAAAUGCAUUUCGAAUUCGCAUAUUUCUAUUUCGUUCUUGUUCACUUGGAAUUGAAACGUUAAAUACUUUCAUACGCUUCCGUAGUUCCCUCGAAAACCAUACCCGAUUCCAGACCAAAAUGGGCAAAUUUAUACCCGUUUUCAGACCAAAAGGCCGAAAACCCCUCCCCAUCGGGGUGGCCCAUACCUAUAUGGCUUAUAUGCUAAUCCUUCAUAACCAGCUUCCCGGUUGACCACAUUUGAAAGAUGUUUGCCGAUACCCCUUAAAACUGAGCCUCUUUUAUGGUUAACCUUAAGGAAAAGGGAUGGUGAAAGACGCGGGAUCAGCUGUUUUGUUCGAGCUGGAGAAAAUGGCAAAAAUAUAUAAUAUAUAAAUAUAUAUGUACCGGCUUCUCGACUGAAUUACUACAAUUUGAACAAAAUUUCUUUUUUAAGCUUUACAUGCAUACCAGAAGUAUGAUUUGUGUUUUUACUCGGUGACAGAGAAAUAAAACCAUAAUUGAACAACAAGGACCGCCGCUACACCAGGGGUGAAGCAAAUACCACUCGUACUUGUACGCAUGUAGUUGUGGGCCCUCAAGAUGGAACGUCAGCUAGAUCUAUGAAGUUUUCAAUCAUUUAAGAAACAGAAUGAACUAUUUUUUUUUAUUCAGGAACCUUUAAAUAAGAGCGCUCGUAUAAACUCAGGGCGGCGGGAGCGUCCAUGAAGAGCAAGGUAGUAUGCAGAGACUUGAAAAAAAAAACGAGUAAUCCUUGGAGAAGAAACAGUCAACCUUUACUUUAAGCUUUUGUACUUUUGUUUGCCAAAACAGAGAAAAAGACCAAUACAACAAUGUUGAAAUUCAAAUCAAUUUUGUUUUGUUUCUUACUAGGCAAAAGAUGCAACAAAUAAAACUGUACCGCCGAAGGUAUCGCUCUAAGCAAGGGGAACAAGAAAAAUUGAGUGGCUGAACUGGAUAUAUUUGUGGA